AUGUCAAGCCGUAAUAAUGACCAUCUUGAUGAGGACUUCAUCUUGGAUCGGUUCAAUCUCACGGGUCUGAACAACGAGGUGGCAAACUAUGCUCAAGCGUUGGAUCUUAUCACAGACAGUCUGGAUGACGACAUCCAGGACGAACUGCGAGGAUCGCUGGACGUACAAGCAAGACUGCUAUACGGUCUCAUUCACGCACGAUGGAUUGUUACAGCACGCGGGCUACAGAAGAUGCUCGACAAAUACAAACGUGCAGACUUCGGUCGCUGCCCACGCGUUCUCUGUGCAUCUCAACCACUUCUUCCCGUGGGCCUUACCGACAUCCCCUAUGAAAAAUCUGUCAAACUCUACUGCGGCAGAUGCGAAGAUAUCUAUUCGCCUAAAUCCUCGCGGCACGGUUCAAUCGAUGGCGCUUAUUUCGGCACAACCUUCCCUCAUCUCCUUUUCCUUGUCUACCCGACCCUGAUCCCACCAAAGGACGGCGAGACACCGUUGACUACCUCCACCAAAGACGCAAGCACGGCUGAUUCGAGAAACAGAAGAAGGCUUCGCGAGGAACCUGAAGCUGUCGCAACUGAAGGCGGUGGAGAGGGUAUUAGCACUGCGAGCGUUUCUCUGAAGGCGGAGAGAUAUCGACCACGCAUUUAUGGCUUCCAGAUCAAUGAAACGGCGAAGCUACAACGGUGGCAAGAGGCUAUCAGAGAUCGUCAAAUCGCUCGACUAGAGGCUCUGGAGGGAAAAAACACAUAG